UUUUCAGGGCAUGGCUUUUACCUUGGAGGAGAGGCAACAAUUGAAUAUUCAUGGAUUAUUGCCACCUUGCUUUCUUGGUCAAGAUGCUCAGGUUUAUACAAUCCUAAAGAAUUUUGAAAGGCUGACAUGUGACCUAGACAGAUACAUGCUGCUAAUGAGUCUCCAGGAUCGAAAUGAAAAGCUUUUCUAUAAAGUGCUGGCUUCUGACAUUGAGAGGUUCAUGCCUAUUGUUUAUACUCCCACCGUGGGACUAGCUUGCCAACAAUAUGGCUUAGCAUUCCGGAGGCCAAGAGGUCUUUUUAUUUCUAUCCAUGACCGGGGUCACAUUGCUACAAUGCUUAAAUCUUGGCCAGAAAGUGUCAUCAAGGCUAUUGUGGUCACUGACGGUGAACGUAUUCUUGGGCUUGGAGACCUUGGCUGUUAUGGAAUGGGCAUUCCUGUUGGUAAACUGGCACUUUAUACGGCAUGUGGAGGAGUAAAACCUCAUGAGUGUCUACCAGUGAUGUUGGAUGUGGGAACAGAUAAUGAGACAUUGCUGAAAGAUCCUUUGUAUAUUGGGCUGAGACACAAGAGAAUUAGAGGUCAAGACUAUGAUGAUCUUCUUGAUGAAUUCAUGGAAGCUGUGACUGCAAGAUAUGGCAUGAACUGCCUCAUUCAGUUUGAGGAUUUUGCUAAUGCCAAUGCAUUCCGCCUCCUGCAUAAGUACCGUAACAAGUAUUGCACUUUCAAUGAUGACAUUCAAGGAAAUGCAUCUGUUGCUGUUGCAGGUCUUCUUGCAGCUCUGCGCAUCACCAAGAACAAAUUAUCAGAUCACACAGUGUUGUUCCAGGGGGCUGGAGAGGCUGCACUGGGGAUAGCAAACCUUGUUAUUAUGGCUAUGGAAAAAGAAGGGCUAUCCAAAGAUGCAGCUACCAAAAGAAUAUGGUUGGUUGACUCGAAGGGAUUAGUUGUAAAGGGGCGUGCCUCAUUAACACAUGAGAAACAGCGUUUUGCCCACGAACAUGGUGAAAUGAAAAAUCUAGAAGAUAUUGUUAAAGAUAUAAAACCGACUGUGCUAAUAGGAGUUGCUGCAGUUGGUGGUGCUUUUACUACACAGAUUCUUCAGGAUAUGGCUGCUCUAAAUAAACAUCCUAUAAUUUUUGCUCUCAGCAAUCCCACCAGCAAAGCAGAAUGUACUGCUGAGCAGUGCUACAAAUACACAGAGGGACGUGGGAUUUUUGCUAGUGGAAGUCCUUUUGAUCCUGUCACUCUUCCAAGUGGACAAACUCUCUAUCCUGGCCAGGGUAACAAUUCCUAUGUGUUCCCAGGAGUUGCCCUUGGUGUUAUUUCAUGUGGAAUGAGACAUAUUGAUGAGGAUGUAUUCCUCACUACUGCUGAGGUUAUAGCGCAGCAAGUUACAGAAGAGAAUUUGCAGGAAGGUCGCCUCUACCCUCCAUUAGUCACCAUUCAGGACGUGUCACUGAAAAUCGCUGUGAGGAUCGCAGAAGAAGCCUACAGGAAUAACACUGCCUCCAUCUAUCCUCAGCCCAAGGACCUCGAAGCCUUCAUCCGCUCUCAGGUGUACAGUACUGAUUACAACAGCUUUGUGGCUGACUCCUACACCUGGCCCGAGGAGGCCAUGAAAGUGAAACUGUAAAUAUUUAAUGAAGAAUGAACAAACCAGCUGCAGUUAAAAAGCAUUAAAAUAUUAAGGUUGUUUCUGCCUAGAAAGCCUAAGAAUAGCUAAUUUUUUAAGAUGCAGAAAACUUUUUCUAAUUCAUAGUAGUUGGUUAGAAACUCACAUCAAGAAAUCGACAACUAUACAUCAGAAAAUAAAAAUUAAUCUGAGAAGUAUAUUUGUGUUUGGCUAUUUUGAUUGUUAUUUUAACUGAGAUAUCCUACACUACAGUUUGAUCUUUUUGAAAAAAGUGGUUGUAUCUUGAGUCAAGACUUUUGUCACAAACAUCAGUGGGAACUUAAGCAGAUAAAUAGGCACUUAAAAAAUGCAUUUGGUGUUUUAUCCAUUACAGUCAUGGUAUAAUUUGCAUAUUGUGAACUUAUUAUUUAAAAAAGACCUCAAACUUUAAACAACCAUAAGGUUAGACUAUUUUAUUCCAGAGAAAAUCCUUACUGGUCACUCUUGUAUGGAGCUAUGAAAUGAAAAUUUUCUAAAAGAACCAAACCUGUAGAAUCUUUUGUUCACAUCUAAUUAGAACAUUUUAACAUUACUAACAGUAACAUUUAAUGUUACUAACAUUUAACAUUAGCUAAGCAUAAUGUCCUGUAUAAGAUCAAGGAUUUCAUUCCCCCACCAAGAUAACCACUGUUCAGAUCCAUUACAAAUGUUUGCCCUAAUUUUUUGAACUCCAUGUUCUUGACAAAAAGGGAGUAUCAAAAUGCCAGGAAUAGGCUUUGAAGAAUUACUAGCUGUUAAACUAUUACCACUCCAAGAAAAAUGUAAUAUAUUUUCUGGAUGGUUCUGGAAACAAAGAUUACUUGAACAUUUUUUCUACUGUUUCUCUCUAAUCUUUACUAGAGAGAUUAUCUCUAGAAAACCAAAUAUUAAUUUUAUUUGUCUAGCCCCUCAGGUCUGUCACAGCUGCAGAUUACAGCCCAAAUUCAGAGAGGUACUUUCUCCCUCGCUGCCUAAUGGGACCAUGCCAGCAUUUUUGCCUCACUGUGCUUUUGGCAGAAGUUAUGAUCACACAAACAGAACACAUACCACAGUGAAGGAAAAUACAUGAAUCAUAUUCUGAGCAACCAGAAACACUCUGCAUUUCAAUGCCAUCCUCUGCAUUUCAAUGUACUGCUGUUGUGAGAAGGGUAUUAAAGCACUUCUUGUGUUUCAUUUGAAAUAAAAUAAUCUCUGUUAUUUAUGUUGUCAUCA